AUGUACCAGCGCUCAUACUCAAGGGGCAGCAGUGGUAUCAAUAGAUAUCUUCGGAUUGCGCUGUACUUACUGCUCGCAACACUUGUCGGCGUCUGUAUCGCCUCUCCGAUUCCCUCUGGCGAUGAAACGGAUGAUGCUGGCACUAAUCACUCGUCUGAUAUUUCCAGCACUGCCUACGGCUCUUUUAAUCCAUCCCAAAUUCCUCAUCUGAAUCACUGGAUUGAUCGUCGAAGUCUCAAAGACAAACUGAAGAGCAAGCUCCCGUGGGGAAAGAAAGUCGGAGAGGAAGACGAGGAGAAGAAGCCGGUAGAUGAAGGGGAGGUGGUAGUGCUCGGAUACACUUACCAUCAGCAAGUCGAAGAUGAAAACCAUCAUCUGGCUUAUCCUAAACUGCAUCCUUCAUCUAAAAAGUCGACAGGAGUGGGCAAGAAAGCGCUCCAGAGACUAGAAACCAUUGUAUCCACUUUGAAUGCCUACCAAUACACCUACUUCUUUCCUGGUCCCAACUACUACAAUGAUUUUGUUAGUCGAGGUUACCUUCAAGGAAAGACGAAGGUGUCCAUGUCGUUAUUUGAAGAUCAUUCCUUUGUUUUCAUUCCAUCGACAACCGCAUUGGAUGAAACUUCGCUCAAGAAAGCGGCCGAACGCUCUUGGAAAAAAAGAGUAAAAACCGGGAAGGAUGGCAAGGUCGAGAUCGAGGAGCGAAAUGGGAAGCCGAACUUCGCGAACACAAUUCUGGUUGUUGAGCUAGUUGCAGACGACAGAUAUGCUAUGCUCAUCCCGCAUGCAAUCUUAGACAGCAUUUCAGGUGGACUAGAUCCCAAAGUUAACAGCCAUGAUAUGCCUGCUGUCACUUGGCAAUCGUGGGACAAGUUCAGGGAGGUUGAACAUAUGCCGAAAACAUUUGUCUACACUGAGUGA